AUGACUGGAGCUGGGAUUGAUGUAAACGAACUUCAAUCCAAUCCCCGUUACCUUUUACGGCAGCCACGCGCCCUACAAUGGUUCGAAAAUGGUCGGUUAGUGAAGCGCAAUGAGGAGGAGCGACAAGCAGGGCGGUUCGAACUUUUUCUGGAUUUGCUUUAUGUUGCGAUUCUGUCUAAUUUUGCGGAUACGCUUGUCGAGGAUAUCACUGGCGCAAAGCUUGCGAAGUACUUUCUGAUCCUUGCGCCAUCAUGGCAUGUCUGGAGCGAUCUGCGCGAAGUGAUGAACUCAUUUUAUAAUGACGACUUGCUCCAACGUGUGCUCAUUCUAUGGAUCAUGGCCUUGAUGGUUAUGUACGGUAACAACGCUCCACUGGUAGAUGAAGAUAUCUCAGCAAUGCGCGCUGCUGUGGGAUCAUACAUGGUUGCGCGAGUUUCCUUGGCCGCCGCCCAUGUCUUCAACUCUUUCGCCAGUUACCAACACCGACCGCAACAGCGACUAUGGGCAGGCUUGUCAAUUGUCAUCCUCUGCGUGUACAUUCCACUUUAUUUCGAAUCGGUAUCUAUUCGGGGUAAAAUCGCCGCCGCCGCUAUCGCUGUCGUCCUCGAAGAGAUCAGCUGGAUAUUCUGCUAUUGCCCUCUGGCAAAGAAGAUGCUAAACGUCAAGUACUCAACAGCGGUGGAUAUUCCGCACGAGGUGGACCGAUUCGCAGCCUUUUAUAUUAUUGCACUUGGCGAGUUUCUGUAUCUCAUUGUUGUUGGAAAUCAUGCGGCUGUUGGAUUCAACGAACGUCUUUUGCGUGCUAUUUGGACAUUGAUUAUUGCUUUUUGUUUGAAUUGGCUAUAUGUGCACGCUGAUGGUUCUAUCGACACGGCACAUCCUCUUAGACACAACAUUUAUACGGCAUUUGCUUUUGCGCUCGUCCAUCUCCCUCUGAUUGCUAGUCUGUUGGCCGGUGGUCAUGUCGCGGCCGCAUCGGUGGAGGAAGAGGACUUCGAGGAUGCGCAGCGGUGGCUAUUGUGCGGGGGCUUGGGUGUUGGUAUGCUCAUGCUGUACGCAUUUGCGUUACUUCAUGGCUCGAAAGAUGAACAUGGGGCCCUAUGUGUUGAAAAGCCAUACCGUCUGGUAAUGCGCCCUGUUACAGGUAUCAUUAUGAUUCUUCUCCCCUUGGCCCACCACCUCGAUGCUACUGCAAUCCUCUCGAUUAUAAUGGCUUUGUUUGUAUUUUGUACCAUCUGGGAGAGCGUCACAUCCCUGAAAGGUGGUGCUCAUUUCUGGGAGCCAUGGACUGAAACGAAUUAUCCCGACGGCUGCGAACGCCCUCGUCGGUCAUCGAAAAAAGACACCGAGGUGGCCACUCCAAAUGCUGAGCUUUAA